AUGGCUCCCUCACUACCCCCAGCGCUCCAGAAGAGUCUUGAUGAAAGUCGAGUCGAAUAUGUGAGGCUCGGCACAUCAGGUCUCCAAGUUUCUGUGCCAAUCCUUGGAGCCAUGUCCUUUGGCUCAUCUCAGUGGAUGCCGUGGGUGCUCGAUGAAGAUGCCUCGAUUGAGAUGCUCAAGGCUGCCUAUGAUCGAGGUUUAAACACUUGGGACACUGCAGACAUGUACUCGAAUGGGAUCAGCGAGGAAACUAUCGGAAAGGCACUGAAGAAGCAUAGUAUUCCGCGCGAAAAGGUUGUCAUCAUGACCAAAUGCUUCAUUGCCGUACCUGAUCAACCAGACAUUUUUGCCGCUCCGUGGCAGCGAGAGAUGUUGCAGAUGAAGGAUUAUGUCAACCGAGCAGGCAUGUUAUCGCUCAUUAUAUGUCUCUCUCGAGCCGCUAUAUUCAAGGCCGUCGAUGCAUCUCUUCAGCGCCUGGGAACCGAUUACAUCGACCUCUUCAUGGUGCAUCGAUUCGACCCGUCCACUCCGAUUGAGGAGACAAUGCGAGCUUUAAACGAUCUAGUUGCAUCUGGCAAAAUACGAUAUAUUGGGGCUUCCUCGAUGUGGGCAACGCAAUUUGCGCGCAUGCAAUCCGUGGCCGAGAAGAACGGCUGGACCAAAUUUAUCAGCAUGCAAAACUACUACAACUUGUGUUAUCGCGAGGAAGAGCGGGAAAUGAUUCGGUACUGUAAUGAAACUGGUGUAGGAAUUAUGCCAUGGUCGCCCAACUUUGGCGGUAAAUUGGCGAAACCACUCGGAGACGCAACGUCCAUGAGAGCACAGAUGCCUUCGCCAACCGGCAGCCUUACCAAGGCAGACGAAGAAAUCAUCCGCCGGGUAGAGAAAUUGGCCACUCAAAAAGAUUGGACGAUGAGCCACGUCGCUCUCUCUUGGCUUCGCAGCAAGGGUGCGGUACCCAUUGUUGGCUUAAACUCGUUGCUUCGACUUGAGGAAGCUUGUGACCUGCGCGGCAAGGAGUUGACAGCCGACGAGAUCAAGAUCUUGGAAGAGCCGUACGUUCCAAAGAAUGUUGUUGGCCAUGUCUAA